CAAAGGUUCUGCCUGGUUCAGUAGUUCAGUAAGUAACCAGAAUUUGUUUCGGUUUUUACGGCGAUGCCUACGCCAGUUUCUGUAGCCAGGCAAUGCUUAACACCGGAGGCAACCCACGCGCUCGACGAGGCGGUGUCCGUCGCGCGCCGCAGAAGCCACGCGCAGACCACAUCCCUCCACGCAGUCUCUGCUCUACUCUCCCUCCCCAACUCCGCCCUACGCGAGGCCUGCGCGCGUGCUCGCAACGGGGCCUACUCGCCGCGGCUCCAGUUCAAGGCGCUGGAGCUCUGCCUCAGCGUAUCCCUGGACCGGGUCUCGUCGUCGACCCGGCAGCUCAGCGACGACGACCCGCCCGUUUCGAACUCCCUCAUGGCCGCCAUCAAGCGCUCUCAGGCCAACCAGCGACGGCAGCCGGAGAAUUAUCACCUCUACCAUCAGCUCCAGCAACAACAGUCGUCCAUGUCCUGCGUUAAGGUCGAGCUCCAGCAUCUUAUUCUCUCCAUUCUCGACGACCCGGUUGUCAGUCGGGUCUUCGCGGAAGCGGGUUUCCGGAGCUCCGAAAUCAAGAUGGCCAUCCUCCGCCCUUUUCCUCCUCUUCCUCUGUUUCUCCAUAAUCCGGGUCCGGGUCCGGGUCCCGGUCCGGGUCGUCGUCGCCGGCCCGUUUUCCCGUUCUCGGGUUUCGCCAACGGAGACGAGAAUUGUCGGAGAAUUGGAGAAGUUUUAGGAAGAAACAGGAAUCCUCUGCUCCUGGGUGUAUGUGCUUACGAAGCUCUUCACAUGUUCAUGGCAUCGUUAACUAAAGAAGGUAUCUUACCGGUGGAGCUGUCCGGUGUGAGUUCAGUUUCGAUCGAAAAAGAGUUAUCUCAGUUUACAUUAACUGAUUCCGACAAAGGGUGCUUGAGUUCGAGGCUGGCCGAGGUGGGUGAGUUAGUGGACAAGUGUUUGGGAGGUGGAGUUGUGGUGAAUAUUGGAGACUUGAAGAUGCUAGUUGGGGAGGAGUGUUUGGGUGAGUCAGUGAGAUAUGUGGUGGCCCAGUUGACUAGGCUGGUGGAGGUUUACCGGGGAAGUGUUUGGUUCGUUGGAGCUACGGCGAGCUAUGGGAGCUACUUGAAGUUUGUGAGUAUGUUUCCGUCGGUAGAGAAAGACUGGGACUUGCAGCUUCUGCCGAUCACUUCGGUUGGAGCUGAAUCAUACCCGAGGUCCAGCUUGAUGGAGUCAUUUGUUCCACUUGGUGGGUUCUUUUCUGCACCUUCUGACCUAAAGCUUCCGUUAAGUUGUUCAAAUGGGUUAUUUCCCCUCGAUCAUCAGUGCAGUGAAAAAGAUGAUCAAGAAGCAUAUGCUUUUCCGAAGGGAGGCUUUGCUACUUCAGUGGCAGGUCAGCAUGCUAGCUUGCCUUCUUGGAUGUGGAUGGCUCCACUUGGCACAAACAAGGGGUUGGAUAUGAAGACCAAAGACGAUGGAGUGCUAUUGAGUUCCAAAGUUACAGGACUGCAAAAGAAAUGGGAUAAUACACAUGAAUCUCAUCCCUUGCCUUUAGCAAACUUGUUUCCAACUAUUGUGGGCUUUGAGUCUGGUGAAGACAAGAAGCACAUUCACAGCAAGAAGACCAAUAUUUCUUCAAAUGAAAAGUCAUGCAUCCCCACAGAUGUGCAAGAGAUAUCCUCAUCUCAGUCCAAGAGUGAAAGUUUCUCUUCCGGGGUAUGGGAAAAACCUACAAAAGAUGAAGAUACUGAAUCGGGUAGUGUCAAGUCUUCUUGUAGUUUGUACAAUUCAAGCAUGGUUGAGGGUAGCCGAACAUCUCCAACAUCUUCGACUUCUGUGACAACAGAUUUAGGAUUAGGAAUAUGCUCUUCUCCUGCUAGUAAGUUGAACUUAAAUCUGAAUCAAGGUAGUCAACAUGACAUGUCAGUUUUCUCUUCUGGAAAUUCCUCUAUUUACACUGCUCAGUCAUCAUUCUGCUCAAGGGCUGACAAACAUGGGCAGUUUGAUCCAAGUGAUGUCAAGAUGCUUUUGAGAGCUCUCUUUGAGAGAGUGAGCUGGCAAACUGAGGCUAUAAGUGCUAUUAGCCAACGAAUAGCGCAUUGCCGAUCAAGAAGUGAACACCGGACUGGAUGUAGGCACAGAAGGGAUAUAUGGUUCAACUUUGUUGGACCAGAUAGGUAUGGUAAAAAGAAAAUUGCUAGUGUGCUCGCUGAGUUAUUAUACGGGAGCCAGGAACAACUGAUCUGUGUGGAUCUGAAUUCUCAGGAUGGAUUGCUCCAUUCAGACACAAUGUUCGGUGGUCAAGUGUUGAAUGGUUAUGAUGCAAAGUAUAGAGGUAAGACAGUUGUUGAUUAUGUGGCUGGAGAACUCUGCAGGAAACCAUUGUCAAUUGUGUUCCUGGAAAAUGUAGACAAGGCAGAUGUCGUUGCUCAGCAUAGUUUGUCCCAGGCGGUUUUGAGCGGUAAGUUUUCAGAUUCCCAUGGAAGACAAGUCAGCACAAGUAAUGCAGUGUUUAUUACAACUACAGAAAAGGGCUGCAGCACUCUCACUUCCAAAAGGGUUCCUUCCAAAUAUUCCGAGGAAAAAAUCUCACAAGCAAAAGGGUGGCCCGUUCAGAUUACAGUUGAAUGCGCACUUGAUGGCAGGGCUGUAAGCCAAAACUGGACAACAUCCUCCAAUACAACUAAAGAAAGCAUCCCUCAUUUUCUGAACAAAAGGAAGCUGUCUGGUGUGGGCAAACCUCUAGAGCAGCAUUCAGUCUCAGAGAUGAGUAAACGGCCUAACAAAACGUCGACUAGGUUUCUGGAUCUCAACCUUCCAGCUGAAGAGAAUGCAGUGCAACAUCUAGACGCUGAUGACUGCUUGUCAGAAAACUCCAGUCCCUGGUUGCAAGAAUUCACUGAUCAGUUUGAUGAAACAGUGGCAUUCAAGCCGGUUGAUUUCGAUGCACUUGCUGAGAAUAUAUCAAAGCAGAUCAAAAACAGUUUCCACCAGCUCAUUGGUUCAGAGUGCUUGCUAGAAAUCGACACACAAGUCAUGGAACGACUACUUGCAGCCGCAUAUCUUUCCAACAACCCUCCUCGCAGCGUCGAAGAGAUCUUCAAGGACUACGCCGCCCGUCGCUCCGGCAUCGUUCGCGCCCUCACCAACGAUGUGGAUGAGUUCUACGCGCUCUGCGAUCCAGAGAAGGAGAAUUUGUGUUUGUAUGGACACCCGGAUGAGACGUGGGAGGUGACUCUGCCGGCGGAGGAAGUGCCGCCAGAGCUUCCGGAGCCUGCGUUGGGCAUUAAUUUCGCGAGAGAUGGGAUGAAGCGGCAGGAUUGGCUGUCUUUGAUUGCAGUGCAUAGUGAUUCUUGGUUGCUGUCUGUGUCUUUCUACUUUGGGGCUCGCCUUAAUCGGAAUGAGAGGAAGCGUCUAUUUGGCUUGACCAAUGAUCUGCCAACAAUAUUUGAAGUUGUAACUGGAAGGAUGCCCACUAAAGACAAACCCAGUAUGGAUAGUGGAAGCAAAUCCAGGAACAACGCAAAGAGAUCAACUGAUGGACCAAUGAGGACCAAUAGUACGUUGCUCAAUGAAAAUUAUGUGGAGGAUGAAGAUGAGCAUAGUGAAACUCUGUGUGGAAGCUGCGGGGGAAAUUACAGUGCUAAUGAGUUUUGGAUUGGCUGUGACAUCUGCGAGAGAUGGUACCAUGGGAAGUGUGUGAAGAUAACACCAUCCAAGGCCGAGUAUAUCCAGCAUUACAAAUGCCCUUCUUGCUCAAAGAAGGGAAGACAGUGAUGACUGAUGUCGACAUGAAUCAGUGAUCCAAGUCUAGGUUUUUAUUUCUUUAUAGUUUUAUUGCAUCUCUGGAUCCUUUUUAAAUUUCAACCUGUCAUAUUAUUCUACAACUGUAUGGUGGGUAAUCUCUUGGUCGCAGAAGUUUAAGCUACAGUUUUACCCAGCUGUUUGUGUUCUUUUGUUCAUUGUAUAGAAUCAAUUUUGUUUGAUUCAAGGUUCCUUGUUAU